AGGUUUAGAGAAUCAGGGGAUUUUCUUGAUAUUGGGUUUCAUGUUUGAGCACUUGUUUGGUUCCUUAUCUCUUCCUUUUCACACUUGGAAGUUCAUUCCUUUGUACCAUGGAUGAAGGAAGUAGAUCAAAAGGACUGGGCAAAUCAUGUAUUCUCCUUAUAGUGAUAGCUGGUGUGGAGAGGUUUGCAUUCAAGGGAGUGGCUUCCAACCUCAUUACUUAUCUGACUGAUGUUGUAAAAAUGAGUAACUCCUCGGCGGCCAAAACUGUGAACAACUGGUGUGGAGUGACAUCCAUUCUCUCCCUAUUAGGAGCUCUUGUUGCUGAUUCAUAUUGGGAUCGCUACUCCACCAUCUUGGCUUCCUCUUUCCUUUAUGUUGUUGGGCUUGCAGCAUUGACAUUAACAGCUCUGCUAAGGGCAUGGAUACCACCUUCAAGCAAAACCAGCUCUUCAGUGUCUCUCUUUUGGUCACUUUAUUUGAUUUCCAUAGGUCAAGGAGGAUACAACCCUUGCUUGCAAGCCUUCGCAGCAGAUCAACUUGAAUGUGAUGACGAGUUGCCUUGUACCAAAGAUGACCAGAACACAAAGAAGAAAAGUUCAUUUUUCCAGUGGUCAUAUUUCAGUAUUUGUACAGGCAGCUUAUUGGGUGUUUCUCUUAUGUCCUAUAUUCAAGAUUCUUUUGGUUGGGGAUUGGGAUUUGCUAUCCCUACAAUAGCAAUGGUUGCUUCUAUUGUGUGUUUCUCAUGUGGGACUAGAUCCUACACCCAUAAGCAGGCCAAGGGUGAGAAUAAGCCCAUAGAAGAGAUUAUUCAAGCCAUCAAAGAAACUGUAUCAAAAGUGAUGAAUAGCAGAAUCACUUUGCCAGAGAAGGAAUCUGACAUGGCUGAGCUUGAGCUACAAGAGAGGCCACUUUGUGACCAAGAUUUUGAUAGCUCCAAAACAAUGGAUGAGAAUCCCAACAAUGAGAUUGUUACUUUUGAUGUGAAACUGCUAUUGAGGCUCUUGCCCAUAUGGAUCACACUUCUAAUGUUUGCGGUUGUCUUCCAACAACCAGCCACCUUCUUCACUAAACAGGGAAUGACCAUGAAGAGGAACAUUGGAAACAGCUUUGUUAUCCCUCCUGCAACACUACAGAGUGCUAUUACAAUCUCAAUAGUACUUCUAAUGCCUUUAUAUGACAAAGGGAUCAUACCCUUUAUACAGAUUAUCACAAAAACCAACAAAGGGAUCAAUGUGAUGCAAAGAAUGGGAAUUGGGAUGGUUCUGUCAAUUGCUGCCAUGGCUAUAGCUGCAAUUGUUGAAACAAAGAGAUUGAAGAUUAGUAGAUCUGGGUUUCUUGAAUCACAAUCAUCAACAUUGCCAAUGAGUAUCUUCUGGUUGCUACCUCAGUAUAUUUUCCUUGGCAUCUCAGAUGUCUUUACAGUCGUUGGAAUGCAAGAGUUCUUUUAUACCCAAAUGCCUAGUAGAAUGAGAACCAUGGGCAUAGCUCUGUAUCUGAGUGUUUUUGGUGUAGGCAGCUUUCUUAGUGCCCUUCUAAUCUCUGUCAUUGAGAUUGCCACAAGUGCAAGCACACAAAAAAAAAGUUGGUUCUCGGAUGACCUAAGUGAAGCCAGAUUAGAUAACUACUACUGGCUUCUAGCCUUGUUAAGCACCUUGAGCUUGCUAGUGUUUGUGUGUUUAUGUAAAUACUAGAGUGGUAUGAAUACUUCUGCCACUGGAAAUUGUAAAUAAGCUUCUUCU